UGUGUGGAGUACUUCGAAGAGAGGCAAUUAAAGAUGAUUAUUGAAGACAUGAUAGACCAUCAUCCAAGCCACCCAGGCUACACAUUAAAGGAAGAGAAAAUUGACAGACUAUAUACUUGUGAUGGUUGCAAGGAAGUAGGGUUUGGCACUUGCUACACAUGCACUAACACUGCAUGCAACUUCCACCUUCAUAAACAGUGUGCAAACCCUGUAGAGAUCAUCUCUCACCCUUUCUUCCCUAAGCUUCACUUCCGUUUCCUCAAAGAAGGUGGUCCAAACAAACGCUGUGAUGCUUGUGGGAGGGACAUCAAUGGUUAUGUCUACCGCUGUGAUAAAGAAGACUUAGACUUGCACCCUUGUUGUGCUAAACUCCCUUAUUAUGAGGAUGUGGUUAUAAAUGAAGGAGAGAAAAUAAGGCUGGUUCUUAAGAAGAAGGUGAGUUCCAAGUGUUGUAAAUGCAAGGAAAAGAAGCUCUGGGGGGAAGUGAAGAACACUUGGUCUUAUGUUUCUGAAAACCAGGAAGUCCACUUCCAUCUUUCUUGUGUGAAGGAUUUGGUGUGUGAGAGUUGGAGAGAUGGUUGGCAAAUUGAGAAAGUGGAUGCUAAUUGGCCUAAGCCUAAGUUGGAGGUUUACAAGGAGAGUAAGUGGAAGGGAAGUGGAAGAAGUAAGUUUGGGAUGUUGAAGAAGGUUCUUAAGAUUGCACUGACUUUUGUUAUUGCUGUUGUGAUUGGUGAUCCCACUGCCAUGCUUGUUGGUGUUGUUACUUCUCUCAUUACUCAUUGAUUUGUUUGUUGGUUAGUUGGAAUAUAUAGUACUCUUGGUGAUGGAGCUCUAUUUUUACUUUGAGUGUUUUCUAUUUUUCUUUUCUUUGGUAGAGUUUUUGUUUAUUUUAUUUUCUUUGUUGGUUCUCUGUACCUGUUUCUUUUUUUUUCAAUAAAUUGUAAUUUAUUUAUUUUUAUUAUAGUACUGUUAUCAAA